AUGAAAUUACAAGUUUUUUUAUCUGCCUUUUUGGCAUGUUCGUCCGCCGUCGUUGCAAGCCCAAUCGAAAACCUAUUCAAACAUAGAGCUAUCAAGGUUUAUCACAGCAAAGGUAUUAACUCCACUUUGCCAAUCUGGAAUGGUUCUAACGUCAGCAACGCAACUUAUGCCAACAGCACAAACAGUACCACCAAUACUACUAGUUCCGACAACAGCCAGCUACAAGUCAUUGUAACAGGCGGUCAAGUGCCAAUCACUAACAGCUCCUUGACGCACACAAACUACACUAGGCUAUACAAUAGCUCAUCCGCCUUGAACAUUACUCAAUUGUACAAUGUUGCUCGCGUUGUUAACGAAACUAUCCAAGACAAGUCCUCCUCUGGUGCUGUUGUUGUCACCAAUGCCAAGUCCUUGGAAGCCCUCUCUUUCUUCUUCUCCAUUGUCUUUGACACUGAGAAGCCAAUUGUUGUGACUCAAGAUUCCUCUUAUGCCAUUCCGGUGGCUAAUGAUAAGAAGGCCGCUAAGCGUGGUGUUUUGUCCGUUACUUCUGACAAAUUGGUGUACUCCGGUGUCUUCACUCCAGCUUCCGCCUGUUCCUACGGCGCUGGCUUGCCAGUCGCUAUCGUUGACGACCAAGAAGAAGUUAAAUGGUUCUUCGAUGCUUCAAAGCCAACUCUGGUUUCUUCUAGUUCCGUCAUUAGAAAGGAAUACAGUAACUUCACUUCCCCAUUCGGUCUGCUAGAGAACGGUGUACCAAUUGUUCCAAUUGUAUAUGACGGUGGUUAUUCCACCAGCCUAAUUGAGUCUUUGAGCUCUGCCGUUCAAGGUUUAGUUGUAGUCUCUUCUGGUUCUACCAACUCUACUUCUUCCACCAUUGAGAGUACUGAAAUUCCAGUCGUCUACGCUCAAGCAAACACUCCAUUAAACUUCAUUGACAACAAGGAUGUUCCAAAGAACGCUGUCGGUGCCGGUUACUUGUCUCCAAUCAAGGCUCAAAUUUUGUUGUCUAUCGCAGCUGUUAAUGGUGUCACCUCCAAGUCUGCUUUGGAAACCAUUUUCCCAUAA